AUGGUACCCAAAGAUGAUCUCCAUUACACAGGGAUUGUCAAGUUGCUCCUGCAUUGCAGAUGGACGUGGAUCGGUCUCUUUGCUCCAGACAAUGACAAUGGAGAAAGGUUCCUGAGGUCCUUGACCCCUAUGCUCACCUCAAAUGGGAUUUGUGUUGCCGUCUCAUACAGAAUCCCAGAAAUAACUCAGUUUGGAAUGACAAUUCUGACUAAUUCAUUUCCCAAAAGGAGAGAAGUCAAUGUAUUUGUUCUGUAUGCAGAGACUCGUUCUUUCUUCAUGGACAUAUACAUUGUAAAUCAAAUACUCACAUUCUGGAAAAUGUCCACUGAGGGCAAAGUCUGGAUCACAACAGCUUUGUGGGACAUCAGCAAAACGUUGCCUGACGGGAGGUUAGGUUUCCAGCACCGCCACUGGUUUUUUUCCUUCUUAAUUCAGACAGAGAUUGCCCUAAAAGAUGACAAUUUUAACGUCAGUCGCUUAAUUCCUUACUUUCGGACAUUUGAUUGUUCCAUUUCAAAGCACUUGUUUUCUGCAAAAGAACGCCAGAGAUGUGAACAAAAGGCGGAAUCGCCCCUGGAUGUCCUCAAGCAGAGUCUUUCUCCAGAAAACUACAACAUCUACAGCAGUGUGUAUGCUGUGGCACAUGCCUUACAUGCUGCUUACUCAUCCAGAUCCAAGCAGGUGGCAAUGAUGGGUGGAGGAGACGGGCAGAGGCUACAGAGGCUACAGCCAUGGCAGCCACUUCCACAUUCAAGGUGCAGCAAAAGCUGCUCUUCUGGAUACGUCAAAGUGAUUCAAGAAGGAAAGCCGCUUUGCUGCUAUGCUUGUGCUCAAUGUCCCAAUGGGACCAUCUCCACUCAGGAAGAUGCAGACCACUGCACCAAAUGUCCAGAAGAUCAACACCCUAACAAGGACAGAGAUCAAUGCAUCCCCAAGAUUACCACCUUCCUAGCCUAUGAGGACACAUUGGGGAUCCUCUUGGUUUCCAUUGCCCUGCUUUUGUUCUUAAUCACAGGCCUUGUUUUAGGAAUAUUCAUUAAAUAUCUUGACACUCCCAUAGUCAAAGCCAACAACAGGGACCUUUCCUACAUCCUCCUGGUCUCCCUCCUCCUUUCCUUUUUGUCCUCCUUUCUGUUUAUAGGCCGGCCAAAGAAAGUGACCUGCCUUCUCAGGCAGACGGCCUUCGGGAUCAUCUUCUCAGUUGCUGUCUCUUCUUUGUUGGCAAAAACUAUUACCGUUGUGAUGGCCUUCCUGGCCACUAAGCCAGGAAACAGGGUGAGGAGAUGGCUGGGAAAGAGUCUGGCUAAUUCCAUUGUCAUUUCCUGUUCCAGUAUCCAAAUUCUCAUCUGUGUCAUCUGGCUGGGUACCUCUCCUCCAUUCCCAGACUCUGACAUGCACUCCCAGGCUGGAGAGAUCAUCCUGCAAUGCAAUGAAGGAUCUGUUGCCAUGUUCUACACUGUCCUUGGCUACAUGGGCUUCCUGGCUGCCAUCUGCUUCAUGGUGGCUUUCCUAGCCAGGAAGCUUCCGGGAUCCUUCAAUGAAGCCAAGCUGAUCACCUUCAACAUGCUGGUCUUCUGCAGUGUUUGGGUGUCCUUUGUGCCCACCUACCUGAGCACCAAGGGGAAGUACAUGGUGGCCGUGCAGAUCUUCUCUAUGUUGGCCUCCAGUGCUGGGCUUCUGGGCUGCAUCUUCCUUCCCAAGUGCUACAUUAUCAUAUUCAGGCCUGAUCUGAACACAAAGGAGCAUCUCACAACAAAAACUAAAGACAGCCCUUGA